AUGCAGGACGCCAGGGCGAAGGUGAAGGAGGUCUUACAGGCCAUCGACACCAGUGGCUUCCGAGAAAAGGACUGGGCGCAGGUGCUGCGUGAGCUUGGCGGAGACCAUGAGGAGGUGACGACCCUGCUGGCUGUCGCCUGUAAAGGCCUGGAGCCAUCCGAACCGCUGGAUGGUGAGAGAUUCCUGGAUGUCGUCUUCGCCGACAGAGGUGCCAAAGAAGCAAAGCCAGGUCCACGACAGUCAGCAGAGCCCUGCGAGCCCUGUGCCCUGCGCGUCCUGCAGAUCACUGAUGUCUACAUGCUGGAGAACUUUCCCAGCAUGAAGACGCUCAUUGCCGAGAAGGAAGCGGAGCUCAAGGCACAGUACGGAGGGGGGUCGCGCUGCAUCACUGUGCUGACCGGGGACUUCCUAGCACCAUACCUGCUGUCGAGCAUUGACCGUGGCGCUGGGAUGGUGCGGAUGUUGAACGAAACUCCCAUCCAGUACGUCACCUGGGGAAACCAUGAGGCCGAUCUCUCCCACGAGGACGUCAUGUGCCGUGUGGAAGAGUACCAAGGGGUUUGGAUCAACAGCAACAUGCAGUCUCACGAGUCUUUCGAGAAGUGUGACUGCCAGCAGGAUGUGGAGGUGAUCGAGGUCCGAAGCCGUGGCCACACACGCCGGAUCGGAAUGGUGGGUGUGCUCAGCGACGAGGCCACCUUGUACAAACCGGGCGCCUUCGGCGGGGCAACCAUCGAGGACCCUUGGAAGACGCUGGCCUUCUACAAGGAGAAGCUGGAGAAAGAGCACAACUGUGACCUGGUCCUUCCGCUCUGCCACCUCUACGAGUGCCAGGACGAGAUCACCUGCCGCAACUUCGACUUUCCGGUCAUCCUCUCUGGCCACGACCAUCAUGUGGUGGAUCGCACCCUCAACGGCACGAGGCUCCUGAAGCCUGGCUCGGACGGGCACCGCUGCGUGCAGCUGGAUCUGGUCUGGGACGAGCCGGCGGCGCCGCUGCGCCUCCACGUGGAGCUGCUCAAGGUCCGCAACUGGAGGCCCGAUGCUACCUUGGCCGCCUCGGUCCAGGAUGUCUACUCCACGUUGGAUCACCUCCGGUACACGCAAAUCGUCAAGGUGCCACCAUCCUAUCGCCCUCUGAGCUCCGUCAACUCGCGCGGAUGCUGUACGACGUGCGCUCGCUUCCUCUGCAGCGAGAUUCGGAAUGCCCUGAACCUCGACUGCGUGGAGGGAAGCCCGCACUGCGAUUGCGUCCUCAUCAACGGCGGCAACUUCCGCGGGGAACGCAACUACAAAGAGACCGAGCACAUGUCUCUGGAGGACUUGAUGUCAGAGAUGGACGAGUCGGUGGAGAUUGUGGUGGCCCUGGUUCCGGGCGAGCUGCUGCAGUUCGGCCUCCGGGAUACCUGGCGAAGCAUCAGCGGGGCCUGGAUGCAGCACGAUGACCAGCUGGAGGUGGACUCUGACGGCGAGGUCAGGUGGGUAGCAGGCAAAGCCCUGGACCCGGCUGCGAUGUACCGCGUCGGCACCACCAGGCGCUUCGGCAUCCAGCUCAUCCCUGGCAUCGCGGCCUACUGGGCUGAACGCCCCCACACCAAGCCACACCCGGAGUCCGGCAUUCCUGUGCACUCGCUGCUGCUGCACUAUUGGGCCGAGAAAGUCUGGGUGAGGAUAUGGGCCUUUCUUGACAAAGAUCACAACGGCCGUAUCGACCCGGAAGAGAUCAAGGCUUUGGACAGGACCGGCACAGGACAGCUGGACCAUGUCGACAUCAUGAAUGCUGUCAAGAACGUGGCGCAGAUGGAAACAUUUGAAGGUGAGUACACCUUGACAGACUUGGUGAUGAAGGUGGCUGGCCACCAUGGCCAGGGCACUUUGACCCUGGUGGAAAUCAAUAGCCGGCGGCGUCAUCGCCGCCAACAGCUACGGGGAAUCAAGAGGCGUGAAGUGAGAGUUCCGUCGGAGCUGUUGCCUGUGAUGUACACCAGUUCAGAUGUGGCCUUGGCCGCUGCAGUCAAGCUGCACGGCGAAGGCAGAGCGGAGAGGGGGCCGUAUGCAGUCUUCCAUCAGCUUGGGGACGCGGAGCAACGAAGCUAUGCAGAGGUCUCCCUGAUGGAGUUGUCAGCCUUCGUGUGCUGGCGGCAGAAUCAGGAGUUGAAGCCCAGUCGUGAUGACUCUGACGAAGAGGGUGGCUGGGAGCUGGAGGAUGAUUGGGACUUGUUGGAAGGCGGGAUCAAGCUCGAUUGGGUGCCGGAGGAUCCUCGGAGAGUACUGGCUUCAGAUCCAGCAGGCCAAUGGGGGGCUCUACUCGAAGAUCGACCGGCGGACGAUGGACCGACGAACGAUGGACCCACGGCCGAUGGACCGAUGGUCGAUGGACCGACGGUCGACGGACCGACGGCCGAUGGACCCACGAUCGAUGGACCCAUUGUCGAUGGACCCACGGUCGAUGGACCCACAGUCGACGGGCCGGCUGCAUGUGCCGACACGACCGUGGACAAGUCCACGAGUGGCCUGCAGAAGGACGACAAGGUUCGAUCCAGCGCCCAGGAGACAGCGGCGGCUAGUCUGGCCCGGCUCUUCGCAGCCGCACACGAGCCGGCGGGACUGGAGCCAGAGCCAGCUCAGGAAAAGGAAUCCCCGGCAAGGCGACGCAGGGUUCGGGCCAAAGCCCCGAGAUCGGACCCCAUCCAACUGGCCAUCGCACCUCGACGAAGCUUCAUUUUAAAAGCAUUCUUCUUCUUUGGUGGUGCGAAAAAGCGUUCGUUUCGAGAUGAGCUUAAGGCAUUUUAA